UUGGCGACGGCUGCAGACUGAAUGAUUCAGUCUGCGCGUCCGUGCGUGUUGCAGCAUGCCUCAGGUUAAGAAGGCAGGUUCGGAAGUUUCCUUUUGUUGCAGUUCUUCGAAAUGGUCACUACACCCCCUCCCCCUGCCAGUUGUUCCCUUUCCCGUGGACGUCGAUGCUUGGGGAAAGUAGCAAUGCAGAAAGUAGCAAUGCAGACAGGCUGCGAAAGUGAAAGUGCCGCGUCAAUGCCCCCUACCGUAGAAUGCAGAAAACGAGCUACAAAACGAGCUCAUGCGCUAGAUCAGCAUUCUUUCCCCUUCCAUGAAGAUGCAGACUUGAUAAACCUCUACCUGCUACACAGACUUUGAAAACAAAGUCCAUAAGGACCCCGCCCUUAUGGACCACUCCAGGUUCCAGGGGGAACCGUCUCUGAUUUGCAUAAAAAAAUACAUUGUGACGUGACGGCUUGAGGAAUUCUCGUUGCUUGCUACGCCGGUUUUCUGCCUGCACAUCAGGAACAUAACGGCACUUUCUCAGCGGUGAGCCUCCACGCGCAGUCCGAAGCGGUGCAAUCCGUUCAACUACACCUCUUUCCUUUGCAAGUGUGAGGCCGGCUGGUCUGUCUCCCAAAACGUUUAGACUUUAUUGAUGAACUGGACAUCGAUUGUAUAUAUUAGAUAUCAACUUCUGACCAUCCUGCUGCCUCGCCGCCCACCCUGACACUCACACACAAGCCCCUUCCUAUUCCAAGGAGGAAGCAGGUGCAUCCAGGCGGUGCUUGUGGAUUUCUUUCUCCGUAAAACAUUUAUGUAGCCCUUUAUAACUCUUGCCCCGCGUGAGAAACAUACAGUCGGAAGCGGAAAUGACAUUGUAAAGCAAGCUUAUUUCUCCCCCCUUGGUUUCCCCCCUCCUUGGAACUCUGGAACUACUUUUGAAAAACUCUAUGGUUGAGUGUGAAGGAAGGACCUCUGCUUUAAGUGUAUUAUUAUCAUUGAAGCAUCGCUCCCCUCUCCCAAGGUGUCUGGAAAAGGAUAACUUAGGUGGCUUUUGUGAACGCAGUUGGGCUCUGUGGAUUCCCCCUCUUGUCUCUGAAAAUGUAUAUGCUGGCUGAAACCAAUUCAAACAAUGUUCUUCAUUUAAAAAGGUCACCUGGUAUCAGAUCAUGGUCUCUCCUUGUAGGAAUCUCCUCUGUGGGCUUGGCUGCUGCUUACUACAGCUCUGAUAGCCUUGGAUGGAAACUUUUCUAUAUUGCUGGCUGUCUUUUUGUAGCUGUGCAAAAUCUUGAGGACUGGGAGGAAGCUGUAUUUGAAAAGGACACAGGAAAAGUUAUCCUAAAGAUAUUUAACCUUUACAAAAAGUUACUGACCCUGUCAAGAGCUGGCCAUGAACAAGUGGUAUUUCGUUUGGAUGAAAUUCGAGCUGUGAACGUAGAGGAGGAGAAAGUACGUUAUUUUGGGAAGGGUUACUUAGUUGUCCUGCGACUUGUUACUGGUCUUUCGGUGCCUCUGACUCAGAAUGCAGUGAUGGGCUGUAGAAGUGAUGUAGAAGCCGUGGCUCAGCUUGUUACCAGCUUUCUUGGGCUGAACACAGUGCCGAAUUAUCAAGUUUCCAAGAACAACAGUGAAACAGAUGGCAGUGAUGUUGAUGAUCCCAGGGAUUCUGGCGUGCAGGAAACAAAAGCUCUCUGAAUCCUAUAAGAUAACAUCUAUAAGUUCUUGCUGAAUUCAGAGUUUGGUGUCUUCCAUAGAUGCAGAGAGAAGAUGCAGAGAGAUUUACAAUAGCUUGGAAUCCUACACAUAGUAGCUUUUGAAUACUGCAUUAUGUAAUUACUACUUCAGUGACAUUUUUUACUCCUGUUCGGAGGAAAUCUACUGUAAUUUAGUAUGUGAAAGAUAUGAUGUGUAGGUGAAAACUCUCUCAUAAAUCCUGUGUACGGUCAUUUUUCUUAAGGCCAUAGCUAUGAGCCUAACUUAUUUUUUAAAAUAUUCUGCUUCUUUUAAAAGGAAAGACAGGAAAGGUACUUAGUGGUAUUGCCAGUAAGUCGUAUUGAUCUAGAAAGGUUUAUUUUAGGCAGUUUGACAUUCAUCUUCAGGUUUUAUACACAUUUACCUCCGGUUAUGUGAGAGCAUUCAAGCAUCUUGAUUUGACAGACACACUUUUGUUGACCUAUUCAUGAUACAUACUUUAGAAUGUCUAGGAUUAGACACCUCUGCACAUGUUGAGAACAAAUUUUUGCUUUAGAGCACUCCUACCACCUAAGUUUUUUUAAACUGUUGAUCGCCAAUAAAAAGGUAAUAUUUAAUUUUUUUAAAGUCCACAAUAUUGGCUAUUCAGUAUUGAGCUUUCUGGUGACAUCCACAUUUUCCUUCUGACUAUGAUGUAUAUACUUAAAAAAAUAAAAGUAAGGAAUUUUUUUGGAAAAUGCCAUAGGAGCCCAUUUUGUAAGUACUUGUGAAUUUCAUUGAGGGCCUAAUGAAUUGAAAUAAGAUUGUAUACUUUUCUAGCUGAAGUCUGUAAAGCCUGUGAUUUUCAUAUAAACUAUAUAUAAAAUUUGGUGGUUAAAA